GUUCCGAGCAGCGCACAUCGUCCGCUUCCCUUCCCCAUAUACACACACACACACACAAACAAUCCGACCCAUAAUCAAGAAGUUCAGUUUAUCUGCUGCGAAAAGAUGAUUCCGAAUCGGCGGCAGGGAAAAUAGUUCUUGCCUCCUCACAGAGAAAAAGGUCGGUGGCAUCUGCUCUUAAGGUGUGAAGAAAUCCUACGUUCCGGGUUUGCUGCAGUACACACACACAAGCAGAAGAUUGGCCCAUCACCGGUUCUAAAUUGCUGUGCGAGCAAAACGGACGAAAAUUGGUGAAGAUCUUCGCCCCUUCCACAUAGUGCAGGAAAAAUGCGGAAAACGAAAGAGUGAGGUUAAUUGGGGAGCAUGCAUUUCAAGUGAAAAUAGUAAAGAAAACCCCCCGAAAGCUGACCGUGCCGUGGUGAGUGUCACGGCAAUCACGGCUUUGCGUCCCUGUAGGAACAGUUUUCAAGUUUGCACAAGCUCCAGCUCGUACGGCAGGAGAAAAGCGCUAACACACUCCCACCCCCCCGUGCCGAAUUAUCUACCCCCUUCUACCCUACACUGUGUGUGCCCGUGUGUGUUUGUGUGCAGUUUAUACAAUCGGGUGAAUUUACUGGCUACAGCCUGCCUUCCGCAGAUUGAUUGUGGCGAUCGGCAGUUGUUGCUGUUGUCGAACCAGCAGCGCAGCUCAAGGUGAUUGCGAUCGGAAAGAAGCGAUUUUAACUGUAACCUACUACCACUACUACUAUUAUCGUGGAAGAGAGUGAAAAAGUGUCCAGAAUCAUUGUGUGUCCGCUUCCGUGUUUUCGACAAACUCUGUCACUGUGUGUGUGUGUGUGUGUGUGCGCCAUUGUUUCUGCUAUCAGCAUAAACUUGUGACUGAAAUCUAUCUUUUUUCGGUACAAUCGACCGACUACUACGCUACUCAUCCACUCUGCCAGCGCAAGAGAUCCGUAGUGAGAUGAGUGCGCCGUUGCAGGCAGACAGGAGACACGGUUGACGGUUAUACACAUAGCAACAACCUUCGCCAGUGAGCGUGAAUGUGCAGCGCGAGUGGCAGUAUCGUUCCGCAAUUAGGUGUCCGUGCUUUUGCUAGUGCAACAGAACGUUGCACAGAUUGCUGUGUUUCCCCGUUGUGCGAAAAGGUCCUGGAAGCUGGUGAAUCCCCGAAAGCCCGAGUGAGCAAUCCUUCCCUCCGGGUGAGAUGAGCGACGUUGGUGACGUUGUUCUUGACUCGAUGCUCGUCGAUCGCGUUACAUAAAGGGUUGAUUUUCGUUGUGGCUCCGCGCGCCGCUUUCCACACGGUGUGAGGUAGGGAAAAUCCUCACACACAUGCACGCACGCCCCACGACACGGUGAGUGUGAGAAAACAGGUUAGAAGUGUGCUGAAAAGUGUUUUUUUUUUCAUGUGCCUCGUUGUGUGCACGCGUGGUUAUGUGUGUGUGUGUUGUUCCGUGUCCGUGCUUUAACCGCGAAGAAGAAGCAGUAGUGUUUUAAGUGUUUAGGGGAAAACUCUCGUAAUUAUAGUUCUUUUCGAAAGGACUACCUGUCACGAGUAAAAUUGGUGUGAUUACGUGCCGGGGAAGAAAAAAUCUCGAAAAGUGUUUAUUCCUUGACGCAACGCCAACAUAAUAUUGCGUGGUGGUUGGUACACACCCGCCGCGUUCAAGUAGGACCGUCAAAAAGAAGGUAGUCCCGGAACAAAACCCCUGUGAAAACGCCGUUGUGAACGUGCGUCAUCGCCACAUAGUCGUCGUCGUCGUCGUCGUCGUCGUGUUUAUCGUUGCUGGUGCUGCGGUCAACCCCGAAAAGCCGUCAAACUGGAGCGACUUCCAGAAUAUCUGCGCGACACGGUGGACUGGUUUAUGGGAAAAGCCCGACGCAAGGAACGAGACGGAGAUUCGAAUCAGGGCGACACAAAGCUUUACCUCGAGGAAAGUUUACUAGAGCGGAAGCUACCCGAUGCGGACCUGCGGUUAUUAGUCGAUCUACCUGCCGGACUGGACUACAACGAAUGGCUAGCCUCGCACACACUUGCGCUGUUCGAGCACGUCAACCUCGUGUACGGUACCAUCAGUGAAUUCUGCACCACAUCCGGCUGUCCAGACAUGACCGGCCCAGGAACUAGGAUGUACCUCUGGUUCGACGAGAAGGGCAAGAAGACGCGGGUGGCGGCCCCACAGUACAUCGACUACGUGAUGACGUUCACCCAGAAGACGGUCAGCGACGAGUCGAUCUUUCCCACCAAAUAUGCCAAUGAGUUCCCUAGUUCGUUCGAGAGCAUCGCUAGAAAAAUCGUACGUUUACUGUUUCAUGUGAUUGCGCACCUGUACGCGGCCCACUUCCGCGAGGUCGUCCUGCUCGGACUGCACGCGCAUCUAAACCUCACCUUCUCGCACCUGACCGCGUUCCAUAGGCGAUUUAAUCUGAUAGAACCCAAAGAAACAGAAGUUCUGCGCGAUCUGGAGAUUGCGCUCCGCCUGACGGACGACCCGACGGCUCCGGUGACGGCGGCCACCGACAGUAGUGCCUCGAUCGCGUCCACGACUUCGGCCUCGACCGGCACGACCAACACGUGCUCGUCCUCGUCCACGUCCUCGACCGCUUCCUGUUCGCCGCCGCUACUCCUCACCUCCACCACCACCACCACCACCGUGCCACCGAACAACAAUGGUGCGGUGAACAGUGGUUGCCCCUCCCAGCUACCAUCCUCCACCACCUGCAGUGCGGACAACAAUAAUAGCAGUAGUAGUGAUAAUACCACCACCAGCAGCACCGUCCUCAACCAUGCGCUCAUCGAUGGGGACGCGACGGCCCAGCCGAUCUGCAAGCAGCCGCUCGAAUCGGGCAGCGUCGUUGUAAAUAGUAAUAGUCAUAAUCAUCACCCGCAUCCCCAUCACCACCAUCAUCACCACCAGCACAAGGUGGAAUCGUGUGCGACGGGUGGUGGUGGCGGCGGUGGAAGUGGCAGCAGCACGGGCAGCGUUGGUGUGACCGGAUGUGGCGUCGGUUAUAGUGUCGGCGGCGGUGGUGGAGGCGGUGGAGGCGGUGGACAUUCGGGCGGUGGGCCAAGCUCGCAGCAGUCGUCCAACACGCAGACAACGGCAUAGUGGAUACGUUGGACAGCGAGUGUUGGGGCCGGCGCCGGAACCAUGUUCCUGCUGGGCGGGGCGGCGUGCUGUGGGGCCCUCCAGGUCCCCACCCAAAUCUGACCAAAAUGUGAUCUUAUAAAACAAAACAAAAAAACACACCCACACACACAACGCGAGAAGGCGAAGGGAUAAUAGAAGCAGGCAAAACACACCGACACGCACACAUAUGAGACACGAUCGAUGUGGUGGUGGUGGUGCGUGAGCGUCGUGUGUUGAUGGUUGCUAGGUGUUCGGUACCGCUUGCUGGAAGUGCACUCUGCCGUUUUCAGUAUCCUUCUGUACGAACACAGAGACCCCGCGUACACACGUACUCACACAAUCAUCAACAGCGUAAGACAUCACCACCACCACCACUAACAAAACGAACAGAGCGGGGCGUCAAUCUUACUUUCUUGUUGUUUUAAAUGAAUCUAGGAACCAUUUUUAAGGUGUGGAAAGGUGUGCGUGUGUGUGUGUGAGUGUGAGGAAGGCGUUGUUGCACACCCGCGAACGGAUAAUAUAUUUGUGUUAAUGUGGUAGUGUAUUAAAAAGGUAGUGAAGAAGAAACCCUCCUGCAGGUCCUCGAUCACGUAAAGAUUUAUAGGAAGCCAGUCUUAGGAAGUUUUAACUGGAAUAUGAGUUACGAACAACGUUUUCAACCCUUUAAGAAGGAGGACGGCAGACGCCCUACAGCUAUCGAAGGGAGAAGAAGAGGGAGAAGAUCGUUUUUGUUUGUUUGUCGAUUGAUGUGUUAUCUUUGUUUACGUUUGUUUUCUGCCUCUUUUUAAUUGUGAUGAUUGGACUUUUUAAAUUAUUUGCUAAAUUUUUAUUUCACACACUACUUCUUCUUCUCUGUUAUCUAAUUCUAGUUCCUGUUUUUGGAUUUUCUUUUCCCUUGUAGCAACAACAACAAAAAUUGUUCGUACAUUAACACUUUUUAUCCUCAAUAAUGAUCGGCUUUUUUGUUUGUCGUUGUUUUGGUCGUCUUCUAGAAAAGCAAACAAAAAGCUGCGAAAAGUUGCUGUGAAACAAAAAUAGAGAGAGAGAGAGAGAGAGAGAGAGAGAGAGAGAAAACAUAGAGAACACACACAACAAACGAAUCCUUUCCUUAUAUGUGCUCGUGGUCGUAGAAUGGUAAAGAAAAGAUCAAUUGUUAGGUAAUAGACAUAAACAAACACAAAACACAGAAAAUAUAGAAUCGGUGAUAGAAAAAGAAAAAGUAUCCUUCUUCAAACACACACACACACACACUGCUUAGGGAUGACCUUCUCUUUUUGUAGCUCCACAACAGACGGUGCAAGAAGGACAGAAAACCAAAUGAAGUUAUUUUAUAUUUUAAUUUACCUUCUUGUUGCAUCCUUUAUUUUCAAUUUUCUUUUCCCUUUUUACUUCUUUGUUUUCUUUCUCCUUUUUUAAUUUUCUUUUCACACUUUCAAGUUUGAGGUUAAAUAUCGUUUUUCUGUCGAAACAACAAAACAUCCUGCCAAUAACCGACAAAAAGGAGACAAACAAAGACGUUAGGACGAAUGGAAGAAGACGGCUUGCUGUUAACAAAAACCAGAAUAUACUAAAAACAACACACACUAACACUAGAAGACACUGAGAGAUGACCGCUAAGAGUGGCUCUGUUACAGUCUCUAGGAGGAAAAAAUAGCCCCUUUUAGUAAAAAACCCACACACACACACAUGUUAAUUAGGUGAACCAAUGUUUUACCUUCCUCCUCCUCCCACUUCCUUUCUCCUUGCGCAAAACAGCGAACAAAGAACGAGAGUCGAGAUGCCCUCGUCGCCCCGUCCCGGGCGGUUAAAGUUUCACCAACAACAAAACACACAAGUAGAAUCAUAUAUGCAGCAAACUAUAAUAAAUAGAAAGAGCAAAGCGAAGAGAAAAGUGCGGUAGAAAAAGCAGUAACUUAAAUGCUGCUUUGCUAAAAGGGACAGUCUGUAUAGAAAGAGAUAGUAAGAGCUAUUACUAAAAAUAAAAAACAAACAAAAACACUGCAGCAGUGCACAGAAGAAGAAGAAGAAGAAGAAGAAGAAGUCGCUGAAGCUAAAAAUAUAAAACAUUAAAAACAAAACCCGCUGUGUUAAACAAAGAAAAAGAAACACACACACACACAAAAACAGGAGUGAAAAGAUAGGAAAAAAUAACAAGAAAAGAAAGAAAAAAAAACACACACACACAGAAUUAGGGCUAUAAAAUAAAUAAAUAUAUAUAUUUAAUACAGAGAUAUAGAAGUGAAUGCGAGAGCGAGAACAAACGAGAAAAGAGAGUCAACUUAUAGAAACAAAAUAAAAAGAAAGUAAUAAACAAAUCUGUAUGAAGUAGACCGGAAGAAGAGGAAGGAGAUGGUGGAAAAAUGUGUUACAAGAGCGUGAUAAAAAACAGAGGAAAAACCCCGGCGCCACCGGGUGUGUUAUAAUAAAGGAUGUGUGAGUUUACAAAAACUAGUGAGAGAAGAAAAAACAAAUGAAUAGUGAGAUGUAGACUCAAACACACACACACACUUUUGGCUCUUCUAGUUGUGCAAAGAUAGCAAGUAAAGGUACUAAAGGGUAGUAACCGCGUGAAAAUGGAAAAUGAGGAGGUGUGAAAAAAUUCCCCCCUCAUUACUGGCAAGCAAGGUAUCCAUAGCAACCUUGUGUGUCUUUGCAUGUGCGUGUGUGUGAGGGAGAGAGAGAGCUGUAAGAUGAAUAUAGUUGCGGAGGUGAGUUAGAGCAGUACAGAAAGUGGGAAAAGAAGAAAAAAAAAGCUAAAAAAAAAAGAAACACACUUGAUGCAAAUACAUAAUCCUGCAAUUGUUGUUA